AUGGUUGUGGUCGGGCUGAUGGGCAAUGGAUUCAUCACCCUGGCCAACGGCUGUGCCUGGGUGGGGAACAAAGCACUGCCACCAUGCGACGUGAUCGUGAUGGCACUGAGCGCGUCCCGACUUGUUUUUCUUGCGCUGAUUCAAGCCGUCCAUUGCGUCUUCUUUAUUGAUUUGAAGCUACGCUACCUGCCGACUGCCCUUAUUUUUAUCUGGGCAUUUUUAAAUGCUUUCACUACAUGGAUGGCUACAUGCCUUGCGGUCUUUUACUGUAUGAAAAUCGUCAACUUCACCAAGCCAUUCCUUGAGAAGAUCAAGCUCAGCAUUUCAAGCAUGGUUCCCCACAUGCUUCUAGGAUCUUUCUUGGCUUCCUUGGUUGCCUCUCUUUCUUUUAUCUGCAUGCGAUUUUUUCCCCAACAUUGCAACAGAACAAUGAUUCUUCUCAGUGGCAGCAAUCAGACGUGUUCAGUUUGGACUCCUUGGACUUCUUAUUCAUACAUCAUAGGGACAUCCCCAGCUUUUAUCAUAUUUUUAAUUUGUUCAGUCUUCCUGAUUAACUCUCUUUUGCACCAUGUUAAGAAGCUGAAACAAAACAAAGAUGGUUUUAGAGAUCAGAGGAUGGACGUCCAUGUGAGAGCUGUUAAGACCUUCAUCUCAUUCCUCAUCCUCUACAGUGCAACCUUUUCAUCCAUGGUCUCAAUGACAUUGCUUUAUAGUGAACUGGCAGUUGCUUUGUCCAAAAUUGCUGUCAUUGCAUUUCAUUCGGGGCAUUCCGUUGUUUUAGUUCUCACAAAUACGAGACUGAAGCAAGCCCUAGGGAAGGCUUUGUGUGGUGCCAUGGGUCACAGCGGAAGAGAAACUGCAUCAUCUUCCUGUCCUAAGACCUCCAUAGAAAGUUGUCCUUCUUAG